AGAUAAGAAGGUGAUUCUGGAAAAGCGGUGAGACUAUGGAGCGACGGAUGCAAGGGAGGUCGGCUUUUAGGAUAGGAGAAACCGCUAGAUCUAAUUUUCAAGUUUUCAGAUCUACGGCGUUUCCUCCAUGACGAUGGCGCGUGGUCCAGUGGGGGUCCAUCUCCGCCUUGGAUCUACCUUGCUGAGCAGUGGUGAGCCAAACGGAGGUGCGGUUGAAAAACGGCGGAAGAUGGUUCUGUUUCUCCGGUUCUCGGAGGUGACGUGUGGCUUGGCUCUUCUACAUCGGCGUAGUCAACCGGUGAAGGGAGUCUAGCGGUAGUACACGGUGGGGCCUUACUUCCCAGCACCGGCGGCGACUCUGCGUUUAUGUCCGGUGGUAGGGUUUCACGCCAUUUGAAGCUAGAAGAUGCUGUUCCGACCAUGUCCUGCUCUCGUUAAAUCUGCCUUUUCAGUACGGUUAUAUGCCGUUUUUCUGGCUAAGAAGUGAGGAACUGAGAUCGAUGAUACUGAAUCGAGUUAGGAGAUGCGCCAUUUGGUGUUGACGUACUGGUCCGAGUGCUGCAUUCUAAUGUUUUGGAGACCAAUGCUUGGUGUUAAUGUUUAAUCCUGAUAAGGUUUAGUUAAGCUCGGUUUCAUGUUUCGUUCACUUGUAUGGUCGAAUUGUAGGGGUUUAAGAGACAGUUCUCUUCGGGUCGUGGAGGGGACUUGUUCUCAUUGGGUAGAAUUACAACAAAGUAGAAGAUCGGGUAGCGUAGGAUCCAUCUAUGUGUUCCUGGGUGGUACUAGAUCACUUUGUUUGUAAGUGUGGUUAAAUCCUUGUGGUUGAAAUCAUGUACUACUCUUUGGUUAAUAUAAAGUUGAAGUUGAGCCAAAAAAAAAAAAAUGGUCUUCAUAGCCAAGGAAAUCUAACUUUUGAACUAAGCCCAGUCCAGUUAAUUCGUCUCGCGGGCUACUUACUUUAUCAAAAUCGCAUCAUUACUCCUAUUUUCAGUUGAAUCAUCGCUUUUUGUAGUUAAGAGGAAUUGCUAUCUUAUUAGAACAUAUCAUUUGUUGUAAAAUCACAGUAUCACACUUCUUUAGUUGGCAAACAAACAUAAUGCAAAUCUCUUCGAAUAGAUUGUUCGUGAACGUGAAUUUUAACUCGAUUGUUUACACUAGAAUAACUGUACGUCCCAGCAUUUGUCCAGAAAUAAUCAUCAAUAAAUUAAAGUUUGAAGGUCGCGAAUCAAAAUUUGAAUUCGAAGUUUUGUUUUAUAAAAUAAUAAAUAUGGAUUACUAAGAACAUCUCCAAAAUACACUCUAUAACUUCAAAUAUAAAAUUAUUUAUUCUUCAAAAAGGAACUUCAAAACUUCAAGUUGAGAACUAAAACUCUAUAUUAGAAAUUUCACUAUUCAAAACUUCAAAUCUAAAAGUUUCAUAUUUUUGUUUGAAUUUUGGUCUCUACUAUUACACAUCAUAUUUAUGAUUCUCAAAUAUUUUUUGUUUAUCGUUUUGAUCCUUCAAAUUUUUAUAUCUCCUAAAUAAUUCAAUUUUUUUUUUAUAAAUUUAAGUUUUACACAUAAAGUUAAAUAAAACUUAUAAUAAAAUCUAAAAUAUUUUAUAACUAUAUUUAUACAAUAACAAUAUUCAAAAGAAACUUAACAAAAAAAUAUUUUAAAAAAUUACAUGAAAAAAUAACUAUUGCACAAAUUUAAAUAUUACAACAACACUAAUAGUCAGGUAAACUUGAUCCGAAACCUCCAAAAUCUCCAAAAUAUUGUCAAAAAAAGUUGUACACCAAAUGACAAAAAUAUUACAACAACACUAACUGUACGUCCCAACAUUUAAUAUUAAUUAAAUAAAUUAUGACAAAAAUUAAUUAUCACAAAUAUAAAGAUCAAAGUGUAAAAUACAAAUAGUUUUGAAGUUAAGUUUGAAAUUUUGCUUUCGAAGAAUAACACCUUUAAAUUUCAAAUAUAGAGUUUUAAAAACUUCAAAAUAGAGUGACUUUUUGAAGAUACUCUAAGUGUGAUAAAAAGUCCACUUUAUAACACUAAAUGCGUUUUUUACUGGAUCAACCCAUAAGAUCUAUCAAAAAUAAAAUUUAGUUUCUUUAGUUGCCAAUAAAUGAUUGUAAACCCAUCAAAAAUAUAUAAGGAGUAAACGUUCUGAUAUCUAAACUAUUAAAAUAGGAGUAUAUUUAGUACUUUCCCCUUUGUUUUCCUCAAUAAUUACCAAUCUAUGCCACUCAUCAAAACACUGUCGUUUUACAUUAUGCUAUCACGUUAAUCUAAUAAACCAAUACAAUUGUAAUUCACGUUUCUUGGCCCACCCAUUUCACAUUCUCAGACUCAAUAAUUACGUAUGGUCACGUUUCUUGGCCCAUUCCACAAAACACUAAAGCUUAACCCAAUAAAUCGUUCCUAUAAUUACUACUAAAUCGUUAUUAUAUUGGGAAAAUUGCCAAAAGAGAACAAGAAAUCAACAUAGUUGUCCCUAUGGUAUAAAUCCAUUUUUUUCCAUUUUUUCUCCUUUUUACCCUUUCCAUAUGUUAAAAUUAAUGUAAUAAAUAGUUAUAAGAAUCAAAAAAAUUAUUAAAAAUAUAAAAAACUAAUAAAACACCCAUUUACACAAACACAUAUUUUUUUAGGUUUGAAAAACAUAAUAAAUAAUGUUUUUAAAUUACGUUCUACUAAAAGUAGAAUUCUGUUUCUACACAAAACGGGUGAGUAGAAAAUGAAUUCUAGAAUGAACACAUCCAUCUACUUGUUUUAGAACGUAAAAACUACUUUUUACUAUAAUUCUAAAUAUGGGGAAUACGAAUUCUACUAUUUGUAAUGAUCGCUACUUUUAUUCAGAAACAUGUUUCUACUUUUAUCGAGUAUUCUAAGUUAUCAGGAAUGCAAAAUCUAAAACAUACACGAACGUCCACAUAGUGUAGAAAUUACAUUCUGGAAUUUUGUUAUGUUCUACACAGUGUAGAAGGUGCCUUCUACGGAUAAAAAAACUGAAUUUUCGAAAAUUAAGGAAGUUGCAGUUUUAAAAAUAUUCUAAAAAUAUUCUAACUUCCUAAAACGUGUUUUCAUUGAUUUGCUUCGUGAAAAAUUAAAAAAAAAACGAUUUUGAAUGUUCUUCUUCACCAAUCUAUGAUUUCCCCAUGAUUUUUCUAUAGUUUGUCUUGUGAUUUUCACAAAAACUUGUUCUAUGAUGCAUAUCUAUACAACAUGUGGUGUUUGGGAGUUUGGAGCAACCACGGGAUGGGUUUUUUCGGCUGAUGAGAAAGGGGCUAGGCUACUGUUAUUGGAAUCAAGUUCUACCUUAGAGGUUUUUAAAAGAAUGGUUUUGGAAGAUUUUGAUAUGGAAGAAGAUAGCUUACCCGAUUUGGAGUUGAGUUAUCUACCUAAUGAGUUGAUCAAUACAUCAACUUGUCCACCUGUGAUCAUUGCGAAUGAUCGACAGCUUCAGAAUUUUGUUGGUUUUGUUCAAAAGUGUGUUUCUACUCGAUUGUGUGUAACGUCUAAAGCCAAAGUUGAGAAUCUGAAUGAACCAGACUUUGAUCUUAACAAGUCGCCAGCUGAUUCAAGUUCUGCUCAAGAGGAGGGAAACUCGGUUGAUAGGGGGAACGAACCGGCUCCUGUGUUUGUUGAGAGGCAGUGCGAGAAAAAGAAAGAAAAGAUUAGAAGAGUCGAAGUUGAUGAGGAUGCCUAUCAUGCCGAUACUAUGAUCUCGGCCAAAGAGGACAUACAUAAGAUGUCAAAGUUUUCUGUGCUCAAUGUUGUUAAGAAGGGACAAUUGUUUGAGAACAAAACUUUGCUGAAGGCGACUUUCGAGCUAUGUGCAAUGAAGCAUAACUUUCACUACGAGGUUAUCAAAACGGAUAGACAACUUUGGUACGUUAGAUGUGAGGAUAAUGCAUGCAAUUGGUGUGUUCGAGCAGAGUGUUUGAAGGAUUCUGAAUAUUUCAUUAUCAAAAAGUAUGUCGGUGAACAUACAUGCGCACCUUCAAACAAAACCAAACCGGGUAGGACUGCUUCGGCCAAAACUAUAGGCAGUCUGAUUAUGCAUAGGUAUGAAGGGGUUAAGGAAGGGCCAAAAUGCAAUGAUAUAAUACAGAUUAUGCUUAUUGAUCAUGGCUGUGAGAUCACGAAAUCUUUAGCAUGGGAUGCUCGUGAAUAUGCGGUUAAUGCUGUUAGAGGUAUACCAGAGAUAAGUUAUGGAAAAAUACCGAAAUACUUGCACAUGCUCAGAGAGGCUAAUCCGGGAACACAUUCAUCGUAUGAGAUUGACAGCAAUGGGAGAUUUCGGUACCUGUUUAUUGCAUUUGGGCAAUCGCUACGAGGAUUUAACAGAGUCAUAAGGAGGGUUAUUGUGGUUGAUGGCACUUUUCUGAAGAACAAAUACAAAGGAGUUCUAUUGGUUGCAACUGCUGUAGACGGAAAUUCUAAUUUGUAUCCUCUUGCAUUCGGAGUAGUCGACUCAGAGAAUGAAAAUUCUUGGGAAUGGUUUAUGAGACAACUAAAUAGUGUCAUUGCUGAUGAUCAUCAUUUGGCUUUCAUUUCGGACAGACAUGCGGCCAUUGCUAAGGCGCUUGAGACUGUGUAUCCAACAGCUAAACAUGGUAUUUGCAUUCAUCAUUUGUUGAAUAAUGUGGUAACAUAUUACCAUGGGAAAGGACUUGUUGGGUUGGUUGCAAAGGCGUCCAAGGUUUAUAGAGUUGCUGAGUUUGAAAAGAUAUUUGCUAAUGUGUGUAAUAUCAGUCCGGCAAUUGGAAAAUACCUAAGGGAUGCUGAAGUCCAAAAGUGGGCAAGAUGUCAAUUCUCUGGAUAUAGAUAUGACAUAAGGACAACAAACCCAGCCGAAUCCAUCAACUCUGCUUUGCGUUCGCCGAGAGAGUAUCCAAUCAUUCCCUUGUUGGACAGUAUCAGAGAAAUGCUGACUCGGUGGUUUUAUAACCGUAAGAAAAAGAUUUCAAAGCAUAAUCAUCCUCUUACCGAAGAUGUGGAGAAAAAGAUUGAAAGGAGAACCGAGAAAGGCAAAAGAUUUGCAGUUUACCCUGUCAGCGAUGGUCGCUUGCUUGUUAGAGGUGAUAAAAUCGACUGCUUAGUUGAUUUGGAUAGACGUACUUGCUCAUGUGGGAAGUACAACCUGAUGAAGAUACCUUGUCGGCACGCAAUUAAAGCUGGGUUUCAUGUUGGAAGACAGCCACACACAUUAACUGAUUUAUUUUACACUACAGAAGCUUGGCGAGAAGCUUAUCAUGAAAGCAUCAAUCCUAUUGCUGUUCCUGAGGAUGCUUGGUCCAUGCCAGAAGAUGUUGUCGUGGACAAUGUGCUACCACCAGAGUCAAGAAAAUCAGUUGGAAGGAAUAGAAAACGCAGAUAUGAAACUGUUGAAGAUAAACUUCGGUCAUCGCAAACAUCACAAAAGAGGCAGCCUCGCAAGUGUAGUAGAUGUGGUAUUAGUGGGCACAACAGAGCAACUUGUAAAAUACCAAUAUAGUCAGUCACAUAUGGUUGGUAUGUUCAAGUAUGCAAGUUGUGGUGUUUGAAAGUGCAGUGUUGCCUUGUCUCGUAUGGUUUUUUCUUCUAAAAACAAUCAACUUUGUUUAACUUUGGCUACUUUGGAUAAUUCUCAUAUGGUUAUUUUAUCAGUUUCAUUGUUAUACAUUGGUAUUAUUUUCACUUCACUUCUCUAUCUCUCUGUUUGUUUAGUUAUGUUCAGCUAUGCUUUUGAGUUCGAGUUUAAGUUUGUUUGACAAUAGCUGAUGUCUGAUUUUUCAACAAAAAAGGUGGAUUGUAAGAACAGAUCACUGAGCACAAAAUAUAAGAACCACUUGACUGGUAAAGUCGACACAAAUAUUGUAGCAACAAAACACUUAUUGAAGCCAAUACUAAGAACCAAAUGACUGGUAAAAACGAAAAAAACACACUAACAAGAAGAUACUUAAACCAGUAGACUGAUUUCACUCAUUCUUGGCUUCUAAAUCUUCCAAAAAGCCAUAGAAUGCUUCCUAAGCAACCUAAUUCGAGUGAAUUUUUCUGCUUCCUAACUUCUUCUUCUAUUCUCUGUGUGAUACUACUUUUCAGAUCUUCAAUCUCUUCCACAAUUCUCCCUUGCUCAGCCUCUACCCUUCGAAUCUCAUCAAGCAAGGCGUCAUCAACCCACUUAAAUAAAUGAUUUUCCUUCUUUCGCUACAUAGAAACGAAAAUCAUAUUAGGAGAAGUAAAAUGGAAUGAAAAAACAUGCUGUUUAUCCUACACAAUCGAAAAUCGAAUCAGACAAAAAAGGAACAUAA